UACAGUUUGGGAUUCUGAAUUCUGAUUUUUAGCACUGACAAAAUUUAAAAAAGGCAACUCCAUUUUUACGCUCCACAGAGGAGUGGGAUUUUGACCGCCAUUGAUACGAAGCUUUCUCACUCUGCCCAACCCCCUGCCACCCUGGGAAAAGAAAAACCUGAAAAAAGGAAAGGCGGAAAAGAGAAUAAAGUUUUCGUUUAUCAUCUCAUUAAUUAAUGGAUGGCUUUCGGAAGAUACAUUUCGAACGAAAAUUGAGUCAUCAUCUAUGAAUUUUGAGUUGCUUCUUUUUUCACGAGCUCCAACGAUUCAUUGAAUAUUGCUGAAUUGGCUCUCGAUAUAUGGAGCCCGAACUCGGUGCAGCUCAACCGCAGUUUAGAUCCGGCGAAAUGGGGUGCGCGUUUGACGAAAUUCACGGACUCAUCUCCGCUCCACCGGUCACCGGCGGCCGCUCGUUCACGGCGCUGCUCGAGCUUCCCCCGCCGCAAGCGGUGGAGCUCCUGGUUACGGAAGAUUUUCCGGCUAAACAUCAGCCGCCGCCGCCGAUUUUCCCUACUGAUAUCGGUCUCAUCCAUCGCGCGUCAAAGUUCUCCGUCUUCGCUUCAGCUGAUAAUUCGCUCGAGAGCAAUACGAUUCUUUCAGUCUCAAACUCGAUCAAGGUUGACUCGGUGAAGCAGGAGCAGCUGGACGCGGAUUCCCACCGAAAUUCUUCUUCUCCGGCGGGUUCGGAUCAGUGUCUCAAGUCCGGCAAGCGAAAGGAGAGGGAGAAAAAGGUGAAAGAGUCGAAUAAAAAGAGCAAAAAUAUGGCCGCAAAUGAACCUUCUGACAACGGCGGCGGCGAGGAGCUGCCUUACGUUCACGUCAGAGCUCGCCGCGGCCAAGCCACUGACAGCCACAGCUUAGCAGAAAGAGCAAGGAGAGAGAAGAUUAAUGCCAGAAUGAAGCUGUUACAGGAGCUAGUCCCCGGAUGCAACAAGAUUUCAGGAACUGCAAUGGUGUUGGAUGAGAUAAUUAAUCAUGUCCAAGCACUUCAACGCCAAGUGGAGUUUUUAUCCAUGAGGCUUGCUGCUGUUAGCCCAGGAAUUGAUCUUGACCUCGAUUCCCUAUUCGCUGUGAAUGGAUCUUCAAACGCCGAUACCAGCUACACUGGUAUGUUCGCUCUACCCAUCUGCACUGAGGGACAGCUUGAUGGGACCAGACAAUUACAGCUCCAACAGCUGUGGCAUUGUGAUGAGCUUCAUCAGUCUGUCUGGGCCAGAGAAGCUGACACCUCUAAUUUCAUUGCUCCUGCAAAUUCACUAAUGAGUUACGACUCCUCCUCCGCAAAUUCAGGUAACCCAGCUGCUCCACGACGUACCACUUCUUAGUGACUCGUGAUUCUUGAGAUGAACUCCGUAAGUUUAUAACUUGUGACCGUGCAGCCUCUCACAGUCGAGCCAGCUGAAAAUGGAGCUGUGAAUUAUGUGGGGAUGUGGUUUUUGUAUAUAUAUGUCGAGGUAUUGUAUUUUAGUAGAUGAUAUAGUUGAGAAAUAUAGUUAAGAUCUCAGCAUCAAAUUAAGCUUGGAUUGCCAAGAAUGCUGUUGCAGCAAUCCUUGUUGAAUAUAUAUUAUUUCUAGACUAGGUAAGAAUUCUAGUUUUAUGUUAUAGAUAAGUCUAAUGCUACUAACUGGAAAAAAACCAUCACAUUUAUGAGAUCCUUGAUUUAAUGAGAAUAUUUCAACUUAUUACA